AUGUACAAUCAGGUGAAUUCGUACGAUGCGACGUCGCCGGGUAGGAUAUUUUCCGAUUUAAAGUUGACGUUCCCGUGCGCGGCGACGUGCGGCGGCGACAUUGACGUCGAGUCGACGUGCGAUCACGCCGUGAGUAGUGACAAUGACGAGCUCAUCUCGUGCAUUCACGACGCGUGCGGUUGUCACGAAUCGUAUCAACUCAUCGAGGCGUUGUUUUACAUUUGCGACGCGCCGAUGAAGGCGGACGGAAAGUUUAACGGCCCCGAAUACGCCAAUUUUCUGGACGAAACCGUCUCGGCGGUCGAAGCGCACUGUGGAAAGGCUCACAGUGUGCUCAGCAUUCUGACCCCUAUCCGAGACACGGACGACUCUGGCAAUAUUAAGGCCGCGCCCUGCUCGUUGCCAGCGGAUGAUCCGGCGCCGGCGCACUGCGUCGCUCAAGCUAACGUCAUCUCUACUUGCUCAUAUGAGGCACCAAUGUGCGGCGCCAACUCGUCGCGCACGGGUAUUCUUCGUGUACACGGCAGCACGACAGAGAAAUGGAGCUGCCCGGCAUACACCUGCGAUACGUGCGAUGGUGAUACGUGUUCUCGCUGCACUUGGACACGUAGGAUUUGCACGAGCACGCAUGAAGCAUACUCCAUGCCGUGCGCGUACGAAGGAACCCGCAAAGGUGAGUGCAUCGAGUGCGAGUACGGCUGGUUGAUGAACAGCGAGACGCGUGAGUGCGACUCGUGCGAUCAAUAUUUCAAGAUGGACAGCUCCGGGGCGUGCGUCGAGGAUACUGAAGCUUUGAAGAAAGACUUCAACAUGACGGAUGAGGACUUGAAGCAAGCUGAAGAGAUGUUCAAAGCGUCGAUCGAUACGUCGGACCCUGAGCUCGGAGCUAAGCUUCGCGUAGCUGCACUCGGAGCAUUCUGGGACGACUGGGCGUCAGAGCUGGACUCUUUGAAGAACAAGAUCGACGAUGGUUUGGAUACCAUAAACGAUUUCAAGAAUGAUCUCAUCGAAGACAUACACGGCAUCGGGAACGCGAUCGCGUCUCUCGCGGGUGACCUCGCAGAUCUCGGCUCAAAACUCGCCGAUUUGGUUUAUGACGAAGUGUCAGCCGUUGUGCCGAAUGCCAACGCCCUCAUGAACGGACUCAGUCAGGCUGCGGGAUGCAACAACGACGACAGCGCGUCUUUGGGCGCCGAUCGAAAAACAGUGAAGUCGAGGCGGCACCACGACGUGCGCAAGCGCGUGUUGGAGGCAGUAUACGGUGUGGAAAUCGCAUCGCACUACGCCGCACCUUCUGAAAGCGCUCCACUCGGAGGUUCGUGCAGUCACAAUCUUUGCGCAGGCGCGCUGUGCUACCAGCUCGACGUCAAGGACAUCCUAAAAAAGCACCCAGAUUACUCAGAUGGCGUUUUCUCACUCACCAAAACGAGCUCUGUCCCGGACGAGCCUCGGUUUGAGCGUUUCCAACCCGAUUACGUCAAGGCAUUUGUCGAUGGCAACAUCAAAGCAUGCGCCGGGGUAACGCAUUUUGGGUUGGACAUGAGUGUGUUGAACGACGUCGCACUUGAGUUCGUCAAAGUUGUCGAGCCGAUCGUCGAUGACGCAGUCAAAGCCAUCACGGGUUGGGCCGAUGGAAUCACCGACUUCGUGAACGAAAUCGGCGAAUCGCUCACGGACAUCUUUUCGUCGGUGAAAUCGACCGUCGCAAACAUUAACGUCCCGGGCUUUGGACGUAAGCUCUUGUCUGGUGACACGCAAGAAUUCGAGCAACUAACCAAACACGAACGAGCGCUGGUGCUUGGACACAUCGUCGAGGAGUACAUCCAACGCGUCAACUUGAUGCAGAAGAAGGCGUUGAGCGCUAUUGCCGAAAUUCAUAACUUGGUUUCGAAUGAUCCGCACAUGCACAACAUGAAACCUAUGGCGGAUCCCAAAUCUAGAGCGCGCCGAGACAUCGCCCACCUCGGCGGAUUCAAGCUCGACUUCAGCGUCAUCGAGGACGGUAUCAUAUCAGUUCUUCGAGGCGCCUUGAAUACGAUCUCCACUGGCGUUUCUUUCGACGUCGAUUUUGAGCAAACAUUGGAAUUCGACGCCAAAGGAGCUCUCUUUCAAGAAGGUGAUCUCCUUGACGGCCAAGCCAAUCAGGAAUUGUUCAAGAUCACACCCAUCGGCCCGACUGGAUUCGUUUUGGUCGUCGGAGGCGUCGCGAAAGUUCAACUCCCAUAUUUCUUGCUCGCAGAAGGCAGCGGAAAGCUCGGGUACAAGAUCAAGGGUAAAAAUGUUGGUUACACGGUGAGCAUCUCCGACGGCGUCGCCACCGUCGCGCCUAAGUCUUCGGCAAGCUUGGACAUCACGCCGACGAUCGACGGCACGAUUUCCUCGAGCCUCAAGGUCGGCGUCGUGGCAGCGCUCGAAGAAUUCCACAUCAAACUCUGCUGGGGCGGCAUCAUCUGCAUCGGCCCCGAAGUCACAAUCAAACAAGGGAUUCAAUUCGGCGCGGAUUCCGUUCUAAACGACGGGGUCGGCGCGUCCACGGACUCCUCUUGUUACAACGGACGCACCGGUUUGUCUCCCGUCUUUGGCGAAUUCCUCACGUCCUACCCGACAACUUCAAACCAAUGCAGCGCAAGUGCCAACGUCGUCGGCGCCGGCUUGUACGUCGAGUAUCCCAAACCGUUCGUGACUACCGAUAUUAUCACCGAAGUACGCGGCGACACCGAGUGCGUCCAGCCUCUGUCGCUCUUGGACAUGACGAGCCGCGCACAGUAUAGAUCCAGCCAUUCGACGUCGUGCGCUGCCAGCACAGAUCCUGUGGAGGAUUGUGGCGCCGCUGUCGACGCGUGUCCGACCGACUGCCCGAUCUACGCCUAGCCGUUUCGUGCGCGCAGGGCCAAUUU